UUAACCUAUAUUGUGGAAGGAACCGUUCCAAGCUUUAUCACCGAAAAUGACAGUGUAAAUUAUCUACCAUUUCCGGGUAUCAAAACCAUCCAAUUCUAGGAGAAUUGUUUGGAUGUUUCCCCAGAUAUGAUGUGGAGGGGACAGUGUUGUCAGAAUGGAUGACAAAAAAUGGCGUUCUGGUUGGAUUCUCCUGCUGGUUUUGGUCCAGAUCAGCGUGAAGUUCGUCCAAUGCCGCCCGGUCGCGUCAAAGGAAGAUGACUCGCUUGCUUCGGCGGGUUUGUUGACAAAAGACUCAAGAUUGGCACACAACUUGGUGUUGGGGCUACUGGUCACCAUAGCAACCCUUAUCAGCCUCACGAUAGUGCUGGUGCUGUGUACAUGCGCCAGCAAGCCAGACAGUGGCAGGGAUGACGAAACAAAAGGUGACACUGAAAAGGAAGAAAUCCAGUUGACAAAUAACGGAGUCCCAGAGAGUCCCUCACCAGAAGCCUUAACGGCUCCAGACUCGGAGACAGCACUGACUGUCUCAGCUAACAAUGCUCGGAAGAUGCGCUCGGCUAGUGUCCAGUCAGCAUCCUCCAGCCCAGGCCACUCAGACGAUCCACUCACCCGGUGCUCCACGUGUGAGCGCAGGCUACCCGAACUCCCCCCCACCCCCAUGCCGCCAGUCACGCCCACCAAUGAGGACGAGGAGGAUGACUGUAAUCGGAUGUACGACGUUAUAGGUGAGACCAAGAAUUCCCCAGCCAGCCCGACCAAUGAGGAUGGCAAGAAGGAAAAUACAGACGACGAAGUGGAAGAUGAUCAAUAUGCCUCUGUUACCAAUAAUGCCGCUCUCAAUCAGGCACGUGGACCCCAAACCGAACUGGCAGAAGAUACUGACUAUAACAGUAUCGGAAGUGGAAACGUCCGCAAAACAGACGUGGAAGAGGGCGAUGACCCAUACACCAGUGUGGUCGUGGGAGGGGACACCAAAGAGGUGGAGACCAAGGACGACAAGGAGGGCUACUCGCGACUUCGCAGCAUCCAGAAGCGUCCGGGGAGAGAUGACUCAUCAGAAGCCAGGGAGAAGGAUGGCUAUGCCCGCCUGAGGGACAUCACUUUGGGCAGUGCUACAGUGGAUGGGGCAGUGGGUGGGGCAGUGGGUGGGGCAAUAGGCGGGGCAGUAGGCAUGGUUAAAGAUGAUGAUGAAGAGGUGCCACCUGUUCCGUACAAACCACCUGACCUCCAGAACGAGGAGGACGAAGAACCAAACUCAACAAUUCCAAGGACUCCAAGUGUUGGCACAGCAGGUGCUUCAGCUGCAGUUGGUGCUGUAGCUAACAGUGACGGAAAUGCUGCAGCACCAGCAAAGAAGAGAGAGCCGCCAUAUACACAGGUGUCAGCCAGAGAGAGUCUGGAGGUGGUUCGCGCCCGGCAGCAGGCUGAGCAGAAUGCCCGCAUUGCUGCCCAUUACCAGACCAUUGAAGAAGACCAGAGCCUAGACGCCGACCAUGACGGCAUCUACGAACCUGUGGAUGAUCAGCAGCUGGAUGGCCAAUUGGUGAUGUCCCCUCCACCUCUUCCUAGUGACCGACAGGGCUCUUCUAAUGGACCCAUACAUGCAGCAAGCAAUAGUUGGCAGGUUCCAAGAGCACCACGUGUCUAUGAAGAAAUCACUGAUGAGACCAGGCCUAGACCGCCCAAUGUUUUAGCAGGAGCUGCAAACCCACAAGGAGCAAGUAAUGAAGACAUUGAGCCCUAUGCUGUCACUGAGAAGAGAGCAAACCCUGCCGAGGCUCCGAUGUAUACCGUUGUAGACAAGAAAUCCAAAGCUAACUACGCAAAGGUCAACAAGGCCAACAAGAGCCCCCAGGAUCAGGCCAACAACAAUGCACGGACUGAAGCCAGGGCAUCAGACCCGGGGUCGCCCCCACCGACCAAUGAGGAGGGUGACCUACCACUGUAUGCUGUGGUGGACAAGAAGAGCAAAGGUCAGGGGUCAAAGUCCCCUGGGAAUGAGGACACCGCCCAGUUUACCUGGGACAUGGCUUUAUCGAAGCAGGCAGAAGUGGAGGACAACUACCAGGCCAUGGAUGAGGAGGACAACUACCAGUCCGUCGGCGACGCAACGGGAAGCAGCAGUGCCGGCGCCGCGGCCAUCGCCGGGGGGAUGGUCCACGUCAGUGGGCACGAAGCCAGCAAAGACCUGUGGACCAAGAAGGAGCACAUGUACAUCGACGUGGAGACCACCCAACCCAGCAAGCUGGCUGAAACCAACCACAAGGCGGGGGAGAGCCAGCGGGGCAACCACAGCUACGAGUCGGUGGAAGUGGUCCCGCCCAGCAAGACCGUCAGCAAAAAGGAGAAGCAGAAACAGGCCAAGAAGGCCAAGAAAGAGGCCAAGAAGGAGCGGAAAAUGUCAAAGAGCUCCAAGCACACCAAAGACAAGGAGAAGGACAAAGGGGGAGCCGCAGCGGGACCCUCCGGGGAAGACACAGUUUGGCAGCGGCAGGACUCGCAAGAAGCCAACGGGAAUGGUAACAACAACAUCAACCAGUUUGACGACUAUGAAAAUGUCUCCUUCCCCCUCCAAGAAACCAGGCUGUAGAAGUCACAUUUCAGGAGAAUUCCCCUCCAUGAAAUCAGCAUCUCAUCGACAGUUUAUUUUCUUGCCAAUUUUCCCCCCCCCCAAAGAAAUGCGGUAACAAAGCUUGAGUACCAGCGUUGGACACAUCAGGUUGGACACUUUAACUGCGCCUACAUGUACACGUUUGCACAUGUACGUGAUAAUGUGUGACCACCAGCUAUUACAGCAUUGUUGGCCAAAACUGUAGUGUCCCACAAGUGCCACAAGCAAGUGCAUGCAUCAUAUGUUUCAGUUAUUUUGUUUUAAUAUGGGAAAUAUUGUUUACUGUUAUACUUUUUGAACGGAAAUAGUUUGCAAAUUUGUUUGAUGAGGCUCAGUGUUCCCUUUUUUAACCAUGCUGAGCCUGAGAUAUCUCCACAGUCGGAAAGGGAAGCCCAAGGCAGUUACUGAGCCUAGGUUAAGCGAAUGGCACAGACAUUUGUAUCGACACAUCUGGGGAUCUGACUACUGCACACCGAGAAGGCCCCCGGUGAUGGUGGAACCAUUGUGCUAGUUGUGGCUCAGAAUAGAAUGGUACUUUAUACAGUUGUGUCUGAGCUACAGGUAAAGCUGUCACAGAGUGUGUGCCAUUACUGGAGACCUUCCCGGAGUGUCACAGCAGUCUUUACAUGUGUGCGCUGCCCUCAUUUGACCAAUGACAGAAAAUAGUCUUUUGACUUAACUACUAGUGUGAGGUUGUUGCAUUUCAUGUGAAAAGUUAACUUAAAUGCAGCACAGAGGAUGUAUAUAAUCUGUUGGUGGGGCGUAAGGCGUGCUGUUGAAGUUCUUUCAUGACUUUUAGGAAGGCCAAUUUGAAAUAAUUUGGGCAAACAGAUUUUACUCAGACAUGAUUAGUUAUCAGUUUGAUAAUAGUGGUUUUUAUAUAUUUGAUCUGCCCAAUGUACAUAGGAAAAAGUAUAUAUUUUAUGACGAUUUUUAGCUUGUAUAACGCAAUAUGGAAUAGUGACUCACUAAAGGUAGUUAGAAAUUAAGGAUUUCUUAAGAUUGAGAUUGUAUUCCAGAAGAAGUAUAAAAGUAGCCAAAAGUUGAGAACAAGUCAUUUGCUACAUGUACGUGAAUAAUGCUUAGUGGCCUGCUUAGUGUUUUCUAUCACGUCUGCACAUUUAUCAAGGGUUGACUACUGCAAUGCAGAACAUGGCAUUUGUUACAUCCCGGGGGUGACAUGGGAGUGGAGAUGUGGUUGAUGGUGUCAAUGUGACCUCCCGAAGAGGGUAAAAACACAUUCCAUGUCUCAAGCAGCCAACAACUUUUGUUUCUUUCAUAGGGUCUGUGAGUCAAAAAGAUCAAGGUUUGGACUGAGUCUGCAAUAAACAAAUUUGUUUAAUAUCAUGACCUUUGGUUAAUGACUGUGACCUCUUCUGCCAAAAUAACCUCAAAACUCAGUGCCUGCCUGACCAGUGUCAGUUUGGGUGUGAAUUAGAUACAUGUAUAAAGCAGCACGUGAGGGACCUUUUUAGUGACUAGGUAUGUGGCCAUGCUAGACCAAUGAAAUUAUUGUAUCCUACAUGUAAUGUAAACGUGUAUCGGUAUGUUUAGCAAUGAAACUCGGCAGACUAUAAUAGAUGGUUACUACCUUGAACGGCUUUGGAUAUGCUUGACACCAGCCACCUGCAGCAUUGACAUGGACUGAUACCUGUCAGCUACUCACACUGUAUGGACCGUGACGAUGAAAAAACUUGCUUUGAAGUAUUUUUAGCCAACAGCGUCUGUAAUCCAGAAGAUUCCACCCUUUAAUUUUCGUAGAAAACAUGCAAAUGAGUUGCUGUACUAGACACUAUUCAUAUUUUGACUUGCAGAAGACAUACAAGCAGAUCACCUCCAAAUUGUUGAUUGAGUGAUAUUUUAAAUAGGUUUUUAGGUUUAAUUGUUGGAUGUGUGAUGUUAAAUAGUGAUAUGAUAGUUGCAAUUGAUAUAUUUCUCCUGUGGUGGUCAGGUGGAUGUGUUUCUUGCAAACAUUUGGGAGAUCUAACAAUCUAUACAUGCCUUUUUGAAGUUACAAGUACGGUAUAAUUUAAUCACACCAGUAGUAAGAAUAAGCAUUUACCUAAACCCUCCCAGAUCCUACGAAAUCCAUAAGGAUGUUUAGGAUGUAAGUUGAUGAGCUUGGCAGCAUUGAUGAAGCUACAGCCCAGCCAGUGUUGCUGUACAUGAGGCUUGAUGAAACCUUUGUCAGUUCAAGCUAAUGUCCAAAGCCUCCACCAUGAAGCUCUUGCUCAGUGGUAGGCUUGGCUCAAGACCUGGCACUGAAUCUUUUCCCCAAACGCACACACAGUUAUCCCAGUGGGAAUCUACAACUUCUUAACCGUAUUGUUGCCAGAGGGUAUUAUCACAAAGCUGAGCUAAACCAGGUUCCUGAUAGCAUCCUCUAUCAAUGGUAUGUUUCGAUUUUGUAAGAACAGGUCACAUGGGAGACUUGCAUUUGUGUUGACUCAAAUUUCGUGUCUUCAUACAGUAUUUUUCUUUUUGUACAUAGCCAUGUUUUGUAAAUACUUGAAUGUUUUCUUCAUGCAUACUUUCAACCACCAUUGUUAAACAGAAAUUGUGUAAGAGUUUAUGUUUUAAGUUUUUAUUGCCAAAUGCUUAUAAAUAUUCAAUUACUUAAGCAAAUAUAUUCUAAUUUCUGUAUCUUAAUUGAAUCAGAUGUGGGUACCUGUUUUUAAUAUUGCUGCUGGAUCAAAUGAGAACUUAACAAGAAAGUGUUAAAGAUGUACUUUGUUUAGUUUUAGGGUACAGUUUUUAUGUGUUUAGACAAACAGAUCAUUAAGUGUUGAGCAGUUUAUAGAAAUCGUUUCAAAACUCCACAAAUGAUUCUCUGAAUUCUUUCCUUGCACAUUUUGUGUGCUUUGUUCCAUACUGUAUAUUUGCAAUUUUACUCACCAGUCAUUACUUCCAAUGAGUGAAAAUUCACUUUGACAGAAACAUGGACAAAAUGAUUAGAGCAAGAUUCUUUGCAUGGGUGGAGUUCGCACCUUAGUUUCCAGUCUCAUGAUUUUCUUUUUGGCUGUCUGCAAAAAGGUGUUAGUUUAAUUAAACUCAAAAUCAUGGCAUCUUGUUGUGCCAGCGAGGGAUAGAGUUGGAAUUUCACUCUUUGGAAAUCAAACCUUUUUUGUGAAAUGUGAUAUUUAUUAUGAAUUUCAAAGAGUUUGAUGGAACUGCUCAGCCACCGCACUGUCAAAAUUUGCUUCAAGAAUUGGCUGAAAGCCUCUUUGUGGUCCGUUGAGUCAUUGUGCCAUGCACCCAUAAAAUCUGAAAGAUUUAAACAGGUUCAUGUGCAUGGUUAUUGACCAGCCUGGCCUGGCAGAAAAUGUGGUUUGAUAGAUUGGUCAGGUAUUCAGGAGACCUUUUACUGUAACUAAGCCGUGCCCACUGUACUUAAGAGUGACAACACUUGCCAUGCUCCAGCGUGUCGGAUUGGUUGCACUGCUCUGAAUCCCUCUAACAUCACAGGGCAGUGCCUACAUGGUUGGUGUCUCGUCAGGGGAUCCAGAACUUUUAUUCAUUCAUCUAGCAAAAGGUCCUCAUAAGUGAAGAAGAGAAUGAAGAAAUAUAUUGUGUCCAGACCAACGGUGUUACAAGAUCAGGCUCAGAGGCCGUGGCCUGGACCAGUUUCCAUGUUGCUGCUGAGCAAAUCCGUUUCUUAGAAGCAGGUAAAAGUCGGCUGAGAGCCAUGCAGCACCACGAGUAACGUGCAUCACUUUGUAGUUUGAUCAGUAACUCGUUCUGGCUUUGCUGCUUGAUAUCUGCACUUGCAGUGUUUCUGUGACAGUUGAACUCCCUGAAAUAUUCAGUGGUCAACCCCUCCACCAAAAAGCCGUGUUUGAGUCAACUGGCUACGUCUGGGAGUAAUGCAUGCAUCUAUGGAAUGUGACAUCAGCCACAAGCCAGUGGCUUUCAUAGACGUGCAUGUUAUUCCCAGCCGUAGCCACGUCUGCUCGCCACAGACCUCUCUAAUUAUCAAUUUGCUGGGAAAUUGACUAUUAGAAGAAAAGAAAAUCAUUGCCCUCAUUAGAAUUUAAAAGCAGCUCCAUCAAACUGGUGCUAUGUCAAUGUUGGUUUUAUGUACAGAGCAAUUUUAAGUGGCCUACCAGCCAGACGGUUUGUGAAGUAAUUGUGUUCCAUCUUGGCUGGCAACCUGUGUAAUAUGCUCAAGUAUCAAAUGUAUUGGUUAGGGGUGCUUUUUAGCUGCAGCUCUUAUGGAAUAGGCUUUCAUGAUUGGUGGAUUCAAAAUGCAGACAGCAUUGGGCAUGUUUCCCUUUAGAAAAAAAACAUUUUCAAGGUCAGCCCUUCUGUUAGAAAACUUGUUAAUUGUGUUCCACCUCCCAAAAGUUACAAUUUUGUAGGUCCAUCACAAUUCAAAUGAGCUGUGACAAAAGCAUUCCUUUGUCAUUGUUCACCCUGU